CGGACUAGCAUAUGCGAGUUGUCGAAUAUCAAAACAUAUGAUGAAGUGACAAUUUAAUCAGAAUUGAAUCUGUUAAUGUUUCUAAUUGGUAUUUUCAUGAAACCAUUGUUAUCGGUAAUAACACUGAAAGAAAUAUUGAAACAUCAAGAGUAUAAUAGUGUAACAUAACAUUCUACUUUUAAAUAAGAAUAAUUAAGCAGUCAUUCUGGCAUGGAAAUGUACAUAUACACCAUGUAUAAGUACUUUCCAAAAAAUAUCAUACACAAAGACUGUAUGAGUAAAAACUAUUAGUUAUACAUACAUCACUUGUUAAAAACAAAUAUUAUAUAGUAUUUAAAAUGCCACAAGUGGAUGGUGCUGCUAUACCAACAACAAAUAAUCAAACUAGUGAAACUGUACAUAAUCAUAAUACUAAUAGUUCAACUCGUCCAACUUUAAGUAACAACAACAUGAAUACUGCUAGGAACAAUAAUAACCAACACCAGCUAGUUAACGUUCGGGAUAGAUUAUUUCAUGCAAUAUUUAUUAAGGCUGCGUUAAUUUAUGCAAGGACAUUUCCAAGGCCAGUCAGAAGAUUUUUAGAAUUUAUGACAUUAUUAAAGGCCAUAGCAGCAUUUUUUGUAUUGGCUUAUAUUCAUAUAGUAUUUUCACGAACACCAACUAACUGUUUAGAGCAUAUAAGAGAUGAUUGGCCUCGGGAUGGUAUAUUAAGAGUUGAAAUACUUAGAAAUGGAGGUGACGAUUAUAGUAUUGAAAAAAGCUAUGCAAAAGAAGAAAAAUUACGACAAGAGAAAUUUUAUGAUCUAACUGAUGCGUUGGGAAUAUUAACUAGAGAUGGAUUUAUUAACAUUGAACCAUCUGCCGUUGACGAAGAACGUGAUAGCGUUAAUGUAUCGAAUGAAGAAAAUCAUGACAGUUUAACAUUAUCCGAGAAAGAAUUAAUUCUAAAAGGUACUGCUGUUUCUGGAGAUACACAAGAUUCAAAAUUGAAUAUAAAUAAUACAACAACUCCUUCAUUGUCAACAAAACUUUGGAAUGAAAUGAAUAUGGACAAUAAAGAAGUACUAGAUGAGAAUGUAGUGCCGCUAAGUGCUCAUAAUAAUACUGUAGAACAAGAUGCAAAUGAAGUAAACAAAGAUGAUGUUAUUCAACCUUUAAAGGAUCCUAAUUCCGAAGUGAGAACAGACGAUGGUUAUAUCGUGGAAUAUUCAUUAGAAUAUGGUUUCUUGAGGUUAUCACCCGUAGCACGACAAAGAUUAAACAUUCCUGUAAAGAUCGUUACUUUAGAUCCUGCUAACGAUAAGUGUUUCGGUGAUGAUUUUUCGAGGCUAAUACUUGAUGGAUUUUUGGGGUACGAUGAUUUAUUGAUGGCGAGUAUUAAGACCUUAGCAGAACACGAAGAUAAUAAAGGAUUUUUACGAAAUGUGGUUACGGGAGAACACUACCGAUUUGUAAGCAUGUGGAUGGCCAGAACUUCCUAUCUUGCCGCCUUUUUCAUCAUGUUGGUUUUUACGAUCUCCAUUUCUAUGUUGCUGCGUUACUCGCACCAUCAGAUCUUCGUCUUCAUUGUGGAUCUACUUCAAAUGUUGGAGUUCAACUUAACGGUAACGUUUCCUGCUGCAUCUUUGCUCACGGUGAUCCUCGCUCUUGUUGGUAUGGAGGCGAUUAUGUCAGAAUUUUUCAACGAUACUACAACUGCCUUUUAUAUCAUACUUACCGUCUGGAUUGCUGACCAGUACGAUGCUAUUUGCUGUCACACACCUGUCACAAAGAGACACUGGCUUCGAUUCUUCUAUCUCUAUCACUUUUCCUUCUACGCGUAUCAUUACCGAUUCAAUGGACAGUACAGCAGUUUGGCUCUUGUUACAUCUUGGCUUUUCAUAGAGCAUUCGAUGCUCUACUUUUUCCAUCAUUACGAGUUGCCCGUGAUCCUGCAACAGGCUCAGUUGCAAAAUCUUCUGUUCAAUCCUCAGCCAAGAAUAGUUGAACGUCUGUUCGAACCUUCUCCAAGCUUGAACAGAGCAUUGCCCAGCCCGGAACCAUCGUCUGAACCUACUUCAACGCGUGCACCAACAGCGGGAUACGAACGUACAGAGGAAACGUCUUCUUCGAGUAGCCCAACGCAUUCUGAAUCGGAUUCAAGCACUUCUGAGGUUCAAUCUCAGGAGUUGCGUGGAUCUACGACCGCCGAGACGCACAAUGAUGUCCAUUCUCAAGCGGACAACUUGGCAACGGUUCAGUCUCAAGAGCAAACUGCAAACACAGCGAAAAUAGCACAGUCCAGCCAGCAAGAAAGUCAAGAAGCAACAGACGGUCUGACGACGUCGACAGCUUCGAGCACGGUUACAGAGACGAUCGAGAUUACGAAGGAGGAACCGAAAACGGUGGCGGCUGGAUCCGGGAACGGGAACCCCUCGGUCGAGGCAACGGACAAUGGAUCAUCGACCGAUACUUCUACGUCGGAAGGUUUCGAGGUGAUCGAGGCGACCGAGGCGACGCGAAAGGAAACGACGUCCUGUCAGGACAAGUAGGAAUGUUAAACGCCUCGAGCCAUGCCAGUUGCAUUGCGGAUAGCCUAGGAGAAGAGAAAGGUUGUCGUUUUCAGCGUGGCUGCAUCUGCGAACAGGAUCGUCCCAGCGACUCUGAGAUCUUGAGGAUCGCAGGACGAUCGAUAUCUUGGGUGAUAGUUGUACAGGGUGAUUCAGGAUGGGUGGUGCAUUCAGUUGCAAUUUAGGCUCCCCUUAAUUCAGAUAAUUUGUAAACCCUCCGGCUAUUUAUCCAUGUUUUACAUUUAUCCCUAACCAAAGGUAGCCUAUGUUGCACUUGAAUGUAUAUGCGAUCAGAAGAUGAUUAAAUAUAAAAAAAUAAAUUGAAAAUGUCCGUAUUAAUUUGGAAAAAUUAUUUUGAAAAUUGCAAAUAUUUACAGUCAAGAAUUAAGUACAUACUCGAAUAAUUUUCAAGUUUGAUUAUUUCAAAAAUGAAACAGUGUACAAACAAAAUUUUAUUUUACAAUUUAAAUUUAUUUUUUAAUAUAGAAUCAUCUGUGCCCAAUUGUACGAUUUUAGCUGACCCACCUUAUAUGCCUUGGACUAUAAAAUCGGCUGAGGAACACCGUUUAUUUUAUAACCGAUCGAUGUCUCAAAGUCGUGGACAGGUUGUUGAUCUUUCGAUCAGGUGUUAGGUUUUAACGAGUAACCGAGGAUCGGUAGGGAUCAAACGGGAUAACUGAUGGGCCUGGAAACAUAUUCUCUUACUUCUUACGAGAAGUUGACGCAUGCAAUAUCGCGUCCCCGAGGUCGGCCAGAAAGACGAAACUCCUGAAGGAAGCGAGACGAGUUUGAAAGUUCGUUACCGUGUUUAGGGACGACUGAACGAGAAAAAUGUAGAUCGUAAAAGAUACGAGCAAAUAGGGUAGUUUUUUAUUCGGUAGCAAAACGGAGAGGCAGUUUUUAGUAAUUAGAUGAAUGCAAAAGUUGUGUCUGUUCAAAUAAUAAAAUUGUUUUUUCUUUUUUUAAUUUUUGUUCAUUUUCUAUAUGUCUAUAUGUUCCUCACUUCAUCUUGUGACACCUUUCCAAGAUUUCUACAAAAUUUUUUAUUUUUAACCCUUUUAUUACUAUUUUCAUAUGAUUAUAAUUAAAGGAGAUAAUUUGGCAGUUAAUGAAACGACAGAACUUUUGCAAUCACUAUUUCAAUGAUUUUGAUACACGUUAAUGGCUACUGAGUAAUUUUAUGAAUACCAGGGCCAAUAAAGUAUAAACAGGAAUUUUACCAAAAAUCAUGUAUUAGUUACUGUAUUCUCAAAAUACAAGUCGUUUUUCUACAUAAUUUCCUUGAAGAUCUACGCCUUUUAGCUACGAGAUUGGCCAUUUUAUAAAAAAUCAUGGAGUGUGUUUGACACCAAUUGCACAGGAAUUAUUUAAAAUUAUUUCCAGUACAGUGCGUGGAAUAAAUGAUUAAAUUAAAAAAAUAAUCCAGAAUUAUUUUGGGUGUCCCGUGAAUUAUGAUGGGGAGUGUACGUGUCGAUAUCGAUUCUUUCACGUGCAUUUAUUUAACGUUUCACGUGCUUGCUGUCGAGAACAAUUAAAGUGUACAUUUUUAUGACAAUCAGCAAGGUUUCAAUGUUGACAUGCUGGUAUCAUUUAAGGCGGCUGAUUAUUGUAAUAUAAGCUAUAUUGUAUCAUACGUUUUGGGGGUGAAACGUGUUGUUUUGGCGGGUCUUUGUGUCGCGAGUAUAAAUUAGUUAGUUAGUUGCGAUUUCAUUUUGAAAAUGUGUUUCUGGCAAAAUUAACACGUUGAAUGCCAUUGGGGUCGUCAAUGACUAGUAUUACAAAUAUAAUAUAAUCCAAUAAAUGAAAGAAAUUUAAAAAUAGUAGCAUAGAUAUUAUAUUGUUUUCGUGAAGUACCACGUGGUAACUAAUAUUAAUUACACAAGGUACCAAGUGAAAAACAAAAAGAUCCUGAUCUGAAUAAUUAAAAUGAUGACAUGAUUGACAACACGUGUCUGUUUUCAAUGCGGCAUUUAAUGUGUUAAAUUUUACUUGCUCGAAUGGAACACCAUGAGAACAAUUGUUGAGCUAUUUUAGAGUAAGAAGGAUUAAUUGGUGACAGAACUUUUAAAGAGAUACUUACUGCACAUACAUACAUAUAUAUGUAUUUAUUCCUUAUUAUAUCAACGUUCUACUCUCGGUGUGUAUAUGUAAAAAUGUACCGUGAAAAAAAAAAAGAAAAAAAAGAAAGGGUAAAUACGAAACGUCUAGCUGGUUAUACGUUUUCGUGUAAAGGGUUGUAAAGUAAACGACUAUUGAUCGUUUUUUUUAAUAUCUUGGAAUUCGAGCUACCCGUGUAAAAUAUUUUCUUAAACUACUUACUUCGUAAGAGUCUCUCUCUCUUUCUCUCUUUUGAAUGUACAUAAUAUUGCACCACAGUUAAUUAAAUUACCAAUUGUAUUACUGCUACUUUUAAUGAUUGAUUACGAAUAAAUGUAAAGGUGUCGCAA